UCUUAGGCCCCAAGCCAACUCUAAACCUAUAUAUAUAUAUAUGAACUAUCUUAUUCCUUCCAAUAAGAUUCAUAAACAAUUCAAAGAAGAAGAAGAAGAAAGAGAUCAUUAACCUUUUUGAAGAAGAAAUCCAUGGCAGGUGGAGGAGGAACAGAAGCGUUUCCAGAUCUUGGAAAACACUGUCAAUUUUGCAAGCAACUCGAUUUUCUUCCAUUCCACUGCGACUCUUGUCAAAAGGUCUAUUGCUUGGAGCACAUACCUCAUAAGGCACACGAAUGCCAGAAAUCUGGAAUCAACAGCCGGAAGGUCAUCGUCUGCCAAAUCUGUUCCAAAUCAAUCGAAACCACCGGUCACGACGGCGAAUAUGAGAAGGCGGAGCUCCACAAGCACGAGAGAUCCGGCGAUUGCGAUCCAAAGAAGAAGAAGAAACCAACCUGUCCUGUCAAACGGUGUAGGGAGGCUCUUACCUUCUCCAAUUCCAGCGUCUGCAAGAAUUGCGGCGUCAAAGUCUGCCUAAAUCAUCGGUUCCCGGCCGAUCAUAACUGCAUCAGGAAUGAUAAUACCUCCGUCGGCUUGGUCAAGGUCGGUGGUGUUUUCAACAAUGGAAGAUUUUUUUCUGCCUUUGCGUCCAGGAAUGCCAAAGAUUGCGCCAAAGAGAAGGAUUUAACCGCCGGGCCGUCUCGUACAACCCCCAUAAAAGCCCAUUGAUUCUUGUUAAAAAGAGCCCACCCCUAUUUGCGUGUAUUAUUUAUUAUUCAUCAUAUAACAUUAAUUUCAAAUUAUAAUUUGGAGCUUGAAUUUUCA